GCCAUGUCAGAGAUUUUACACCCCUUUUCUAAAAAAAUGAAUGGUUCCCAUGACCUCUAAGUGACGUCACAGAUCCUCACUAUUUCGGCCAUAUUUCUCGUGAGAGGUUAGACACGUUUUUCUUCGUUUGAUCGUCGGUUGUAAAAUCAACUUGGUGACAAAUGGCAGACAUCCCGCCCGGAAAUGUUGAGAAGGGAAAGAAGCUCUUUAUUCAGAGGUGUGCUCAGUGCCAUGUUGUAGAAGCGGGUGGCAAGCACAAAACCGGGCCAUGUCUUAAUGGUAUGAUGGGACGAAAAACGGGACAGGCUGCUGGAUUUAAUUACACUGAUGCAAACAAAAAUAAAGGUAUCGUUUGGUCUAAGGACACGUUGUGGGUUUACCUGGAGAAUCCGAAGAAGUACAUCCCUGGAACAAAGAUGAUCUUCGCAGGCAUGAAGAAGCCGCAGGAGAGAGCUGAUUUGCUUGCGUAUUUAGAAGAAUCAACAAAAUGACAACAUGAUGAUGAAUAGGAUUUUUACUGUACAUAUUCAUGUCCACAACAUUUUAAAAUUCAUUUAAAACAUUUAGGGACAAGUCAUGUGGACAGGUUGCAUUUAGAUGCUGUAUUUAACAUGGAAACAUCGUCUGGGAAAACGAUAUAGUGGAGUUGGUUUGAUUUGGACUUUGUUUAACAAAAAUGUUUUGGGUCUUAAUUAGCACAACAUAUUUUUAGCUAGAUGUGCUAAUUCUUGGAGAAUUUCAUGACCUUUUGAACAAAUAAUUAUACUAUAAUUAUGUGUGAAUGACACUGUAAUAAACAGAUCCAGUUUUAAACACUG